AUCAGAGCUCGUCUCACAGCCAGCCGGCCCGCUGUCGACCAAUGAGCGGCCGCGACACAGUCGGGGUAAUGAUACAGUGGAGCGGGCCGGUCGCCGGCCGGGCGGCAUCAGUUGAUCGCCAGAGUGGGGUACGGUGGGGUGUUGUCAGUGUGUCGUGGAGGGUUUUGGAGUGCGGACGCGCCAGUGAGCCUGUCUGAGCGCGAUGAGGCCGGCGGGCUGGCUGGUGGUGGUGCUGGUGCGGCUGGGACUGGCCGCCGGCGCCCCGAGGACUGCUGACGAGCGCCUGCUGCGGGCCAUGGAGCGCGAGCUGAGCGGUCAGGGUGCGGCGCACAAGGUGCACCGGUCACACCACGGCCAUCGUGCGCGACACCAGCCGCACGGCACGCUGCCGCCGCCAGCGGAGAUCCGCUGCUACUGCAGUCUGCCGGCGUGCCUGACCACCGGCUACAUGUGCCAGUCGAUGGUCGGAUCGUGCUUCUCCGAGACUGUGGAGACCGACCAGCGGGUUCACACCCGACACGGCUGUCUGGAACUGCUCUCCAGACACAAACAGCGCAUCUGCGAGCGGCUCCACAGCGAGAACAAGGCCGACUCGCGGCUGCGCUGCUGCACCGAAGACAUGUGUAACAUCGUCGACGAUGCGCCGGUAUCCGUCGAUCUCGACGCGCGGAUAUCGGGCCCGGGCAACGGCUCACGAGUACCGCUGCCGACUCCGCCUGCGGAGCUGCUGAGUCUGGGCGGCGGCCGGCAGCACCAGCAGCACUCCCAACAGCGCUCCGGCGAGCUGUGGCUGCGCGCGGCAACCAUCGCCGUGCCCAUCGCCGGCCUGUUCAUCCUCUCCGGCCUGGUGCUGCUGGCCGUCAGGAUGCUGCGCCGCGAGUCCAAGCCGCAUUACCAGUACGCCAAGGCGCCGCUGUGCUUGGAGCCGGCGGCCGGCGGCGCGGUGGGGGUGCGCGUGGGCCUGGCGCCGGCCGCCCACCCGGCCACAGCGGUGCCGGUCCACUGCGUGGUGACGCCUGUGGACUGGCAGACGGACCGGUGAACUCCCCGGCUGCCGCGAUCGACUGUGAUUGUGUGUUGUACGGCCGGGGGCGCUGUGCGCUCGGCGGCCGUCAGAUGAGGGCACCAGGCGCCAGAGACGGGCCACGAGGGACCGGCGGACCGCGAGCCGCCGCCCGAGUCACAGCGGCGAGUCAGAGUCAGAGUCAGAGGUGACACCGACUGCGUGUGUCAGUGUUAUAGCGCGGUGUCGUCCCCACAGUGACACGGUGUCAGUGUCGGUGGCCCAUGUCUGGCCGACACGCUGUUCCUCAGGUAUCGCUGUGGUCACUCCUGGCGCUCACUGGACCAGUGUCUUCCCGUCGUGCCAACGCCGCACGGAGGCACUCUCCUUCCCCUGGGUCAUUUUCGUACACUGGGACCGAACUGGGGCGCUCGAUGGCCGGUAUCAUCAUUUCCAUAAACCGUCAUACCUUCCAUCAUAAUUGCCAAACUUUGUACGCGUGAGCGCAGGGCCACUGUGGCCUACUUCAGCCAGUGAUGUUGAACGUUGACGUCUGUUCUUCAGUGGCAGUUGACCACUGCACCAUUUGUUCUGCUGUGUUAGUGUGUCCAAUGUUAAUUCAGUUGCACGCUUUUUUGUAUGUACAUAAGACGUAUGUUUAUUUCACCCAAUUGUGAUAUUAUUGAUCUUAUUUAUCGUAAAAGACAUGAUAAUAAACAUUGUGCACAUUGUGAUGCUU